GUUUUGAGUCAUGUUUUUUUCGGUCUUGAUGACUUCAUUUAUACCAUUUUCGAUUCGAUAAAAUACAUUUGAUCCAGAUAUCUGGAAACGAAAAUAUAUACAGUCCUGCUGAAGGUCGAAAUAUAUUGAUCUUUUUCAAAACAUUUUCGCAUCGUAUACAAUCCUAAAAUUAGUUUUUUAUGAGGCAGAUAAGUGUAUGGGUGUCGGCGGUUUUUAUUCCACAUCAACAUAAAUUGCAUCUAGGUGUUAUAUUUCUACUAUCCCUCCUAACCAUUCUACCUCAAAUCAUGGCUGCUGGAAAACAAGAACUCCAAGCCGUCAUACAAGGCAACGGUAACUUCACUAAAAAACUUUACAACAUCCUCUCUGAAGAACCAGGAAAUGUAUUUUUUUCGCCAAUCAGCGCACACGCCGUGCUAGCAAUGGCUUAUCAAGGUGCUGGGGGUUCUACCAAGGACGCAUUUACCAAAACUUUGGCUAUUGAUAGCCCCCUUCAAGCUGCUGAAGGAUACAGUGACGUGAUUCACCACCUGAAUAAUGUAUCCGAUGUGGAAUUGUUGAUGGCCAACAAGGUGUAUAUCAAAAAUGGUUAUGGUUUAAAGGCGGCUUUCAAAGAAGUGGCUCAGAAGAAAUUUUUGUCUGAAGUUGAGUCGGUUGAAUUUGCUAAAACAGCUGAAGCAGCUAAGAAAAUUAAUCUUUGGGUCGAAAAGAAGACUCAAAACAAAAUCAAAGAUCUUAUCCAGCCUGAUAGUCUCAGCGACCUGACUCGCUUAGUGUUGGUGAAUGCCAUUUACUUCAAAGGCAACUGGGCAAGUAAAUUUGACAAAAGCCAAACAAAAACUGAAAAAUUCUACUUAAACGACAACGACUCUAUCGACGUGCAAAUGAUGAACAAAAAAGGCAAAUAUUUUUACAAGGAAGAUGAAAAAUUGGAUGCCAAAGUUUUGGAACUUCCUUAUGCCAAUCCCGAUGUCAGUUUAAUUGUUAUUUUGCCCAAUAAAAGGAACGGAAUUGCUGAGCUGGAAGCUAAAUUAGCUGAAACUGAUUUGACUAAGAUUACUGAAAACAUGUUUAAACCAGAAGUUGUUGUUAAAUUGCCUAAAUUUAAAAUUGAGACUACUAUUAAUUUGAAUAAACCACUAGAGAAGGCUGGUCUUGGAGUAAUCUUCAAAGAAAACGAAGCUGAUUUCUCUGAAAUGCUUGAUAGCCCAGAAGAAUUGUUUGUGAGCCAAGUUAUCCAGAAAGCAUUUAUUGAAGUUAACGAGGAAGGAACUGAAGCUGCUGCAGCCACUGGUAUGGAGUUCAUGCUGCGCUGUAUGCCCAUCAUUGAAGAAUUUACUGUGGACCAUCCAUUUGUCAUAGCUUUAAUUGCUAAUCAAGAAAACCACGAUAUUGUGUUGUUUACUGGAAGAGUGAUCGACGUCGUCCAGUAGAAUCUUUGAAAUUCUUACAAUUGUGAAAAAAUAUAAUGUACUAUGUAUUUUUAUUUAUUUAUUUUUUUUAAGCUUUUUGUACAAUUUAUUGAUAAUAAUUUAUUUAUGUCUAAUAUUUUUCAAAUAGUCGGGGCCAAUUAGAUCCUUGGAACAGAUUUUCAGAAUGAUAAUUUUCUCCUGACAAUGAUCGGAUGGAUUGUUUUGAAGCAGAAAUAUUUGAAAGUUUCCUGUAAAUUUGUAAUAGUAUACAGUAUUAUUUCACGAGUAUUUAAAGUGAGUAAGAUACUAUAUUUUUGUUUUUUCCAAUUCCAAUUUCUCUUAUUUAAAUUGACUGGCUAACUUACAAAUUACAGUCUUUAUAUACAAAAUCAUUCUAUUUUUAGAAUCAAGUCUGCCGCCCUCUGGAAUCAGAUUGUCCAGUUCUAAAAUGUAUUUUCUGUCUAUCAUUCUCUCUGAAUCAUCAGUUCUACCCACCAAUCUAAGGAUCUCAUUGGAUCUAACUAAUUCCUUGUUAAUCAAUAUACUCGUAUCUCUCGAAUUAUUUACCCUCACAGUAUCUUUUCUAAUGUAACUAAUGAACCUGAUGGCAAAUUAUCUGAACUCUGUGUUUGUUUUUAACUGGAACUAACCCAAUAAGUUAAGCUAGGCAUUGAAUUUGUCCAAAGGGAGUAUUUAACACAGUGGAACAAUAAAGCUUCUGGAGGAAUACAUAGUCAUUAUAAUGCAUGAGAUGGGCUUCAAACAAGUUACCGUUGACAAUAUUUUCUGAAUUAUUUGCUUCAGCUGUUCGUAUCCAAGCCCGUAUAGCUAGAAUUGGACGCAAAAAACCACCCCUAGAGUUCAACGUCGACCAUCCUUGCAUUAUAGUGAUUCAAAAAAAGCAGAGGCUCAGGCUUAAGAAGGGCAAGAAACUGGCUUACACUUUGUUCAUGGGAAGAAUCAAUCGUGUUUAGUUGUAAAGCCUGAUCUGGGAAAAGAAUGCGAAUGUGCAGCAUAUUUUAAUAAUUAUUAUUAUUUUUGGUCCUUGUCUCUUGGGGGAAAGUUUGCAUGUUGCUCUUUUAGUUCUAGUUAAAUAUCAAAUUAAUCAUCAAUCAAAAGACAACCUACCAAUUAUUAUUAACCUUUUUAUACACGUCUGGAGUUUUGCUUAGGGUCUAUUAGGAACUUUAUUCAGAGAAAGUUCAAGUAUAAGUCUGAGUAAAAGUAAUGUUUAAUUAGUCUCUGACGACAGUUUCAAUGCAAACUUUUGUAAGUUUUCUAUUUUUAAAAAAUUCUUCGCCAGACGUGUGUUAUUUCUGUUGAUUAUAUUCAAAGAUAAUAAUGUCUAGCUUUUUACACUAGAAUUCGAAAUGAUCCCGCGCAGACUUAUAGUGUCGAAGGAAAUGCACUUCACCGUCGACCAUCCUUUUAUUAUUCUGAUGCAAACGCAGCAAAAACUGAACCCAAGAAGACGGACCCGAAUGUCCAAUACGAUUUUUAUGGGAAAACUUUGCAAUUUUUAAUUAUAAACCAAAGAUGAUUGGUGUAUUUUCACAGUCUUGCCAUUUUGUGUUUAAUAAGGUGGCAAGGUUGUGGAAUCCUGUAUACACUAUAAAGCAAUAAUUUAAUUAGGUCCUUGAAGAGCACAAUAUUUUUUGUGUUGAAUGUUUGAGUACGUUUACAUCUGUAAAUAGCAAUAACUACUAUUAGAAUGUAAGUACUAUAAGGAUUUUAUGUUUAUAACGUUUUUAAUGAAUAUAACCAUUAUUUAUAUUGAA